AUGGGAGACGAGCCACCUCCAUUGUGGGACGCUGAGCUGGAGGUGUGUUUGUUUCAAAGCAUGCAGGGACACAAACCAGUCGGCUUCAACAAACACUUCCACAUGAUGUGCAUUCAACACAAGUUUUACGAACGGACUGGUAUCAACAUUUCAUCAGCCCACUUAUGGGAACAUAUCAACACACUGUGGGACACCGCUAUAUUAGACUCUGCUCAAGACGCCCCGUUUCCAGAAGUAAUGGAACACGGUUUGUACUCGUUACCAUUCGACCAAGCGGAGAUAAUCGAGGAGAUCCACAGCUCAGAGGAUAGUUCUAGUGAAGUAGCUGCUGGUCCCGGUAAAGUGAUGAAGAAGAAACAGAAGUGAAUCAUCACCACGUGUGAAACCCUGUCACGUGUGACCCACGUGUGACCCACGUGUGUAACCCUGUCAUUCAGUGAGCUGGGGAAAUUUGUUGAUAAAGUGUGAGCCCGUGCAUAGUUUCACUGCCAACAAACGGUUGUGGAGAGGCCAGAGUUAUAGACGGAGUCAAGUUCGAGAUUAAAGGACGCAUUUAAAUCUAAUCAUUUUUACUGAUUUUCUCCACAAAAGCUCAAUAUGAAGCCUCGUUCUGUAUACCUCGAGCAAUUGUAAUCAAAUAGGGAUCUCUGCACAAGUUCAUUAUUAUAAACACGCAAUUGAGAAAUGAUCAAAUUAACAGACCAAAUCAUAUUAUUAUGGUCUAUAGCGAGUUGAGUUUGACACCGAAGGACGCUUUUAUAUUUAACAUUAUUUGACAGAUGAAAUUGUUAUCUAUCAGAUACCAUUGUUUUUAACUUUAUUGAAAUUAAUUAUUUAAGUUU